AUGGCCCAGUCACACGGUGACUUGGAUACUCGCGAGCAGGAUCGAUUCCUCCCCGUAGCGAAUAUCAGUAGGAUUAUGAAAAAAGCGCUGCCGGCGAACGCCAAAGUUGCCAAAGACUCAAAGGAAACGGUCCAGGAGUGCGUUUCUGAGUUCAUCAGUUUUGUUACUAGCGAGGCGAGUGAUAAAUGCCAACGUGAGAAGCGAAAAACUAUUAACGGCGAUGAUCUACUGUGGGCGAUGAGCACCCUUGGGUUCGAAGACUACAUCCAGCCACUAAAAUUAUACCUACAUGGAUACAGACGCGUGAUGAAUGAGGAUGCGAAAUGA